UUGGAACAUUUGGUUGACAUAUUUCCGCUGUGGUAGUACAGUGAAACGCCAACAUAACAAAUGACCAAUCAGAUUGCUGUGAAAUUGUUCCGUCCCAUUUGAUAGGAGUACAUCAAGGCAGAUCAUCUCAUAAUAAAUUAACUGCUGUCUCAGCUGCUGAGACCAGAAAAUGUUGGCCAUAAUACACAUACUGCUCGUGAUCAAUAUUGGACGAUGCACAGACGAUUACAUCUUUGAGACAAAGACUGUUGAUGUUGGAGAUAAUGUGACUCUGACAUGUCCUCGCCAGAGAACUGGGCUUGCUACAGACUUAUUCUGGAUCAGACUUGUUUCUGGAACCUUUCCAGAAGUUUUAGGAGGAAUGAUAGCCAGUGAUUACAAGCGUGUAAAGAAAACUCAUCACAUGACAGCAAAACAAGAGCUUGGAUUAUUUGUCCUGCAUUUUUCCAAAACACAGAUAAGUGAUACUGCAAUCUACUACUGCAUAAAAGUGAAACAACAUAACAUGACAUUUCUGAAAGGAAUAUUUCUGAGAAUCAAAGGGCCAGAAUCUGCUGUCACUCAAGACUUUCUGUCUGAUCCAGUUCAUCCAGGAGACUCAGUGACUCUGCAGUGUUCAGUCCUCUCUGACUCUGAGAAGAAAACAUGUCUAGAAGAUCACCAUGUGUACUGGUUCAGAGCUGGAUCAGAUCAAUCUCAUCCCAGUUUGAUCUAUGCUCAUGGAAAUCACAGUGAUACAUGUGAAGAAGGUCCUGAGGUUCAUUCUCCUCAGAAAUGUGUCUACAGCUUUUCUAAGAACGUCAGCUCCUCUGAUGCUGGGACUUAUUACUGUGCUGUGGCCACAUGUGGAGAGAUCAUUUUUGGAAAUGGAACAAAACUGGACAUUGAAGUUGUCAGCACGUGUGAUUCACAAGAGGACAAUUCAGUUGUCUUUCUGCUGUUUGUUGCUUUGGCUAUAAGUCUGAUUGUUAUAGCCUUCCUUGUCUAUGGCAUCACAAAAAAGUCUUGUGAUUGUUGCAAAGCUGCAGUCAGUCUGCAAACAAAUGCUGCAACAGCCAGUGGUAAUCAGCAAAGCCAGCAGAGAAAUGAGGAGCCUUUGGUUUACUCUACAGCCAGUCCUUCACCAGGAGAAAAACUGACAAAGCAGGGAGAAGGAAGGCAACAGCAAAGGAAGAGACAAUCUACACUGAUGUCAGGGCUUUUGCAAUAGAUUAACAAUCCAUUCCAUAUUAUUUUUGUGGUUUUUAAAGGUUUUCAAAGAAGGGUUUGAUGAAUCUGCCCAAGCUGGGUAAGAAAGAUUCAUCUUGAAAGAGCUGUGAGAAAGGUUACCUUUGUCUCUUUUAUGUUAUGCAGUUUUAGAGCUGUUAACGUCCUUCCAUGACUUUAUCUCUGUAUUAAUGCGCUGCAAAGAACAGUUGUAUUAAAAGAACUCAACAUGUGUAUGUGUUUGUUAAUAAACUAACUUUCACAUCUAAAAUGCACAGA